AUGGAGGAACAUGAAGAUAAUCAAUACUGUUUUCAAGAUGGAAACUCUUCUUGCAGAAAGACUUCAAUAUCAACAUCUAUUUAUAUAUCACUGUAUAUCAUCUUCUCAUUGAUUUCAGCUGUUACAGUAUUUUUGAACCUACUGGUGAUAAUCUCUAUCUCUCACUUCAAGCAGCUCCACACUCCAACCAAACUGCUCAUCCUCUCUCUGGCUGUGUCAGAUCUCCUGGUGGGACUCAUUGUGAUACCAGCAACGACUGUAGCAAUAAUGGAACCAUGCUGGGUUCUUGGGGAAUAUUUCUGUGCAUUGUUUCUCUACAUAACAUCUUUAUGUGAUACAUCCUCUCUUGGUAAUUUGAUCUUGAUAUCUAUUGACCGUUAUGUUGCUGUGUGUGAUCCGUUACUGUACCACUUGAAAAUAACACCAAGAAGAACUAUUUGUUGCAUUUUCAUGUCCUGGUGUUGUUGUAUCAUAUAUGAUGUUGUUUAUGUAAAACUAUGUGUAAACAUACAGGUGCCUAGUGGAUGUUAUGAAGAAUGUAAUUCAAUUGAAGGAACUUUGUGGUUUUAUGUCUUUGAUUUUCUGAUUUCAGUGAUUGUGCCAUGUUCUAUUAUUAUAACACUUUAUCUGAAAAUAUUCCUGGUGGCCAGAUCACAAUCCAGAAAGAUUCAAAAUGUUUCAAAAUGCAACACAACUUCUGCUGUCACCACCACACCUGCAGCUGCCACUGCUACCACCACUCCUGCCGUAGGCCCCAGCGGAGCCACUACAGUGACUGCCCCCAGCAGAGCCGGGACAGCGGGGAAGACCAGCGACUUGCGAGCGGCAUUUGGCUCGAAUGCGACUUUGGAAGCGGACAUAGCCAAAUCUUUCACCUGUGGAAAGGACAAAACCAGCUACAUUCUAAAAUGGAGGGAGCGAGAGGUUGCAAUGCAUGGACUUAAAAGAAAAGCACUAGAGGACGAGCUGGAAGCACUGAUAAAGAAAAAGUCUGUGUUGACAGAAGUGUCCUUCAGAAGGAUGCUGAUGACCAUGCUGAGAAAGCUGAAAGCAAAGCAGGGACACUCAUGGCUCAAAUGA